GUCAUCUCUUUGUCAAUGUCUUUCAACCUUUGCGUUGUGUUUACACGGAACGAGGGCCAGGCUGGCUGGCUCUGCAGCCGUGUGCAAGGCGGUGAAUCCUGCCUGGCAUAUAUAAAAGGUGCGGCAGCAGGGCAUCUACAGGAGCCAACCACGAGGAGACCAGUGCUCAGCAUACAGAACCCUCGCUUCAUCAUGUGCAUCAAAGCUGCCCUCCUAGCAGUGCUGCUGGCCACCCUUUCAGCUUCUCCAGCCAGUCUUCAGCAGAGCCAUGUCUGGGACUACUUCAGCCAACUGACUCAUGACAAGGGCAGCACAGAGCAAGCCCAGCAGCUGAAAGGAGGGCAGGGGGUGAAAAAUGUGAAGGAAAAUCUCCAAGAUGGAGCCAACUACGUGGGAAAUGUCCUUGAGAAGUUGACCCCAGGCCACAGGGGAUUCCAACCCCAGUUCUACCAAGAUGCCGAUGGACUUCGGCAGAUCAUCCAGAGGGAGGUCGAAAGCCUCCGGAGGAAACUUUCUCCUUAUAUGGACGAGGCACACCAAAAAAUCAGCCAGAACCUAGAAGUUCUCCGUCUCCGCUUGACUCCCCUCACAGAGCAGCUGAUGGAACAGGUCUCGCUAUGCACAAGAGAAUUGCACCAGCAUUUCAUACCCAACCUCAACGCAGAGGCUCCAUUGGUGGAAACUCCCGGUGCGGUCCAGAUGUUUACAGCCUCUUAUGCUGAAAAGGCAGCUACCUUUAUUGACCAGGUGAAGGAGAUUUUCCACCCAUAUGCUGACAGGUUGGUAACUGAGAUCCACCGUACCAUGGAAGAACUCCACAAAAACACAACACCUCACACUGCUGUUAAGGGCCAGAGACUCAGUCAAUAUCUACAAGAAUUCACUGGCAAGCUGACCCGCAAUGCGAGGGUUCUCCAUCUCCAAAUUGAAAGGAACCUGGAGCAACUCAAGGUGCAGCUGAGCCUUCACCCCAGCACCUGGGUUGCACAUCCUUCCCACAGAAGCCAAGAAAAUCACCAGCUGUCUGUGGACUCCUACCUGGAAAAUAUGGCUCAGGAGGUUCAGGAGAGAAUUGAGGAGUUCAGGAGAGGUACAAUCCUUCAGAUAGACAACUUCACAAGGACCACUGACAGGGAGAUGGAAGAAAUGAAGUCCAAGCUCUCUCCCACACCCUCAUACCUGGAAGAGUUCCAGGAAAACUCCAUGCCACUGGAAGACUUGCAUGCCAGACUAGACUCCCUGUGGAAGGACAUUUUCCAGAGUCUCAAUGAGCCAAGCACCAGCUUAUACUGAAG